CCAAAGACCUGUAUACUGCGCUGUACGCUCUAUCUAUAUUCUAACCAUCACAAGGCCAGAUUAAUGCCUUUUCUACAACUCCUACAUAUUUUUUGAGUAUAUGUCGUUUAAGUGGAAGGAAACAGGUGUGUAAAUAUCAUUGGUGGAAGGUGAAAGGAGAGUCAAAUAAGAGUGUGUUGCGCUUGACGCUGCUCCGCCAUCUUGGUGCUGCUGCAGCGGCCGACCCGGCCACCGCUGUUACCAAGCCAACAUGGCUGAUAAUUUCCACGAAGAUGACUUUCAGGAUGUUAAACCCAGCUUGGGAUACUAUUUUAGCGCGAGGAAGCUAUGGAACAAGUUAUGUUACACGAGGAAAGAACUGGAACAAGAUAUGGCUUCCUGAGAGCCGACCCCAACUUUGGCACAGCAAUUGAUUUUCAGCUUGGAACAAUGAAGAGUGCCGCAUACAGUGGGAAGAGAGUGAAAAGUACCAAGGAGAACGGCUGACUUUUGAUGGAGUCCCGUUCAUUGUUCUGGGUACCAAACAUCUGGGCUGUCAAUAUGGUGUACGAAAUCCAGGCAAGAAUGGCAAAUAUUUGGAAUGGAAAAAGGAAUGUGGUGGACAACUAAGCCCUUCCAGGAGAGGCAGCUGCCCUGCUAUGGUUGUGCUGAAGGAGGUCAUCAAAUUGCCUGAUUACAGAAUUGAUAACAACACCAGUUAUGAAAAAAAGAAGUGGUCCAAAAUGAUAAGGGAUGAUUUGUUAAUGGGUAAUGCUCGCCCCCAGCAGAGAAUAUAUGUUGAACUUCCAAGCAGCAAAGCUCAUGUUCACACAGUCUUGGUAAAGAGAGUAAAUGAGGACACAUUGAGCAGACAUAACCCACCUCACUGUUUAAUCUGCAAUGCUAAACUGUCAGCAUCUGCCAGGUCUGCCAUUGCCAUAUUUUCUAGAGAGGUACGAACAUCCCACCGUCAGUUGGAGGUGCACUCUGUCCUCGGUGAAAUUAUCAACCAAGAGCUGAAGGAAACCUUGUUACAUUCUACUGUCAUUUGUAGCAAAUGUUUUAACCUCAUUGACGAUAUUGACUCUAUUGAAGACCAGUUAAAUAGUAAGAAGCAGUGUGUUGCCAACAGGUAUAAGAGAACAGUGGCUGAAAUACACCAGAACCCUGAAUCUCCAAGAAACUUUAUGUUAGAUGAUGAUGAAUUUGCUGAUACUACACCAUUUGGAAAGAGGCGUGGUCGUGGACGAGGCCGAGGAAGGCCACCAGGCCGACCCCGUGGGAGAGAAAGAGGGCGACCCCGGGGAAGACCAAGAGGAAGCAGUCCUAAGAAGUCUCCUGCAGAGACCAUAGUGAAGUUGGAAUUGGAACAAGAUGAUGAACUUAAUAAUGUAACUUUGUUUGCAGCCUUAAAGUCCCCUCAUUCCCUAAAAACUAUUAAGAAGGAGGAUAUCAUGAGUGAUCUAGACCCACCAGUUCACCCACAAAAGUUUGAGAAUACAGAGGACUCUGACAUAAAUAGAGAUGAUAUAAAUGAAGAUGUUGGAGAAGCAGACAUACCGAUAACGAAUGGGGAUGUUGCUAUGGAAAUCCAAGGUGAUGUCUUAGAAGUUGUAGAAGAAGUAUUGGAAGAGGAGGUUAAGCAAGGCAAGAGAUUUUCUUGCUCAGAAUGUGAGAAACAGUUUCUCACUAAAGCUGCAGUUAGAAAUCACAUUAAAGUUCACAAUCGUUUAGAUUCUUAUGACUGUGAGGAGUGUGAAAAGUCAUUUGCAACUAAAUAUCGCCUUAAAGCUCAUUUAAAAACCCAUGUGGAUAGGGACAGACCUCACAAUUGUAGAGUUUGUAAUAAGGCAUUUUAUACACGCUAUCAUUUGAAUACACACAUGAGAUCUCAUGAAGGAGUUAGGAAUUUUGUUUGUGAGUUAUGUGGAAAGGCCUUGUCAAGCCAAAAGACACUGGAACUUCACGCUCUGACACAUACUGGUGAAAAACCAUUCCAGUGUGAAAUCUGUGGUUCUACUUUUAGACAAAGAAGUAAUCUGCUCACUCACAUCAAAGCAACACAUUUACAAGAAAAAAAUUAUCAUUGUCAGGUGUGUCAAAAAUCUUUUGUAAGAAAGAGACUUUUAGUGUACCACAUGAAUAGUGUUCACACUGGCCAAAGACCCUACAAAUGUGACUUGUGUAAUGCUAGCUUUGUUUAUCCACAUUAUUUCAAAAGACAUUUGCGGAAACAUACCGGUGUCAAACCUCACAAGUGUCAAAUUUGUGGUAAAACAUUUGCUUCAAGAGAGAACCGUAAUGCACACAUGUUCAUCCAUUCAGACAAAAAACCAUACGAGUGCAAACUUUGUGGUGCAGGUUUUAUGCGAAAACCACUGUGCGCGUCACAUUUAGCAAACCAUGGCCAUACGGAAAAUGCUGAGGCCUAUAUAUUAUUUAAUUCCCCAAGCUUGCUGGCACUGGUUGGGGGCCACGAAGACCUGAUUGUAGCCGAGGAUGAGGAAGCAGCCCGUGCAGUGCAUGCUGUGAGGAUGGCUGAAGAAACUAGUCCACAGGAAACUAUAAUAGAAGAACCAGCACAGUUGAUGUGUGAUACAAAAGUAGUAAAAGUAAUGUCCAGACCUGUACACAUUAUUGAGGCAGAUGACAGCACUCGGUAUGUCAUUCAUACAGGAGAACGACCUAGAGAUGAAAAUAUGGAACAUUUUUUUGCUGCCUUACAAGGGCAAGUUGUUGAAGUGCGAUCAGAAGACUUUUAAUAUUCCAUAUACAUUGUCUUGUUUUCUCUGUAUGAAAUGUGUGGUUAUAUUUUACUAUUACUUUGCCUUCCAACCUGUAAACAUUUUUCUGUUUAUAGCUUUAAUUCCUAAUUACAGAAUUCUUAAUGCUGAAACAUUUUGUGACGGUUGUCUUGUACCAAGGCGGCAUGGUGAUCGUUGUAAUACUGUCACAAAUUUUUUACUAUCUUUACAUUACAGCAGCAUGUUUUAAAUAUCACAAUUUGUUUUAAUGUUUUAUAAACAAACUUUAUUUAUGAGGGCAUUUCCUCUUAUUUCAUGAUUCUUCACUCAUUCAAUAUGAUUAUUACAUGGUCUUCUUUGAUAUAAAUUUCAUUGCAUUUGCUUUACUCUAUACAAUAAACACUAGCCAUUCUUGUUAUACCAACAUACCGAGAAUUAUUUUUAGAAGUGCAGUGGGUGUGUGUGUGAUCAAAGUGCUAUGUAUUAUUACUUUUACUUAACUAAUACAAUAUAUUUUGAUUUAUUUGAAAUGAAAAAAUUAUUUUAGCUUGUUCAAAAAAGUUGGCUUUCAACAAGCUUAUGAUCUUUUUGUCAUUUUACACAUUUAACCCUUUUAACUGUCAAACCAUUGAUCUACGUUUUACUGCUAGUUAGGGCUCUGAAUAUUUUCAUUUAGUUUCUAAAUGGCAAUUUUCUUUGAGUCCCAAAAAAAAUUUUUUUAGGGCCUGUACUUAGAGAUACAAGGUGUCAGCAACAUGGAGUCCUGCCACUUGCAGAAAUGUUACCGAUAUACUUUUUUUUUUUUUUUUUUUUUUUUUUUUUUUUUUUUUUUUUUUAAACCUUUUCAGGAUCCAAGAAUUUAAAAAAAAAUAUUUUUUUUCUUAUGAAAUGGUAGAGAAUCUUUUUUUUGAACGUAAUAAAACAAAGUAAUGAAAUUUAAUGGAAAAUUGACGAAUUAUGCUUGUGAAUUUUCCUGCAUCAGUGAUAUUUACACAUUGGUGAUUUUGCCCAAUCUGAUUCCCAUUUUAGACCAGUUACAUUAUUCCAGUUGACCAAAUUCUUAAUUAUUUUGCUAGUAUUGAAUUGGAUCUGUGCUCCAGUUCCCUGAAUUAAGCCUGAAUGCCUUCCAUCCCCCCAUAGGCGCUGUAUAAUCCUACGGGUUUAGUGCUUCCCCCUUGAUUAUAAUAAUAAUAAUUCGCUAGUAUUACUUCUAUUUUAUUGAUUGAGCACAAGAAAUCACCCAGUCAACUAUUUUAACCCUUAAAUGGUCCAAACGUAUAUAUACGUUUUUUCAACAUCUGAAAGUAUGUAAAAAAAUGUAGAUCUUUUUUGUUUUACAUUUGAAAAUGUGUAAAAAAAACUUUUAUCUACAUGUUUUUUUUUUGUUACAUUUGAAAAUGUUAAAAAAAGUAGAUCUACUUUUGUAGCAUUACGAAUUUGAACGUCUAUUUGUUUGGACCGUUUAAGGGUUAAAUACCCAAUAAAGUGAUCGGAAAUUGGCAAUUUGGCCAAUUUCACACAAAGUUCAAAAUAUUUCAAUUUCAAAAUAAGGUCCAGAAUAAACAAAGCAAGCAUUAGUGGCACUAAAAUAACAUUUCCUCUGUUUAUUAGUUAUGUUUCCAGGCUUUACAAAUGAAAUCCACUUUGAUUUUUUAUUCACACCAAAAAACAAGAUUUAUUCUUAUGCAAUAUUGUAAUAAUUGUAUAAAUAAUAUCCACACAUUAGAACCACCAGCCGACGUGUAUUGGACGCUUGACGUCAUUUGUUUACUGUUGAUUAUUAUUAUUAUAAUCAAAAAAGAAGCGCUAAGCCACAAGGACUAUACAGCUGUUUACUGUUGAACAUCGGCAAAAAUCAAACAUUUCUGCUACUUUGGGCUUGGUUUCAAGCCAUUUUCAGUACUAAAAGCAAUCAAAAUCAUCUCUCUUUCUGUAAUAUAAUUUCUAUUCUAUCAACUAAGACCACAAAACUAUGAAUACAACCAUAAAAAACAUACAAAAAUACACUGCAAAGUCACUGUUUUAAUAAAAAAAAAAAAAGGUCUGGUUUCUUUUCCUCACACUAUGCACUG